CUUUUAGUUGUAGCCUUCAUGGAGAUUGUUUAUAUUUUUAUUAAGUUAAAGAAUGAAAGAUUUUAACGUGUAAAGUGACAUUUAUUCAAUUCAACAUGCCUCCAACAAUCCAAACCAACGUGAAUGCAGAUCGCGAUAAAAGACCUCCGAGGACAGGAGAAAAAAGGUCUGAGUUAGUGUCUCGAGUGAAAUACUGCAACACUCUACCUGACAUACCUUUCGAUCCAAAGUUUAUUACAUAUCCAUUUGAGUCAAGAAGGUUCAUAGAGUACAAUCCUACUUCAUUAGAACGAAACUACAAAUAUGAAGUCCUAACAGAACAUGAUCUUGGAGUCACAAUAGACCUGAUAAAUAAAGACCUUUACACUCCUGAUUUCGGACAAACUUUGGAUCCAGCUGAUGAAAAACUUUUGGAGGAAGACAUCCUGACUCAGACAGAUUCAAAAAGGUCACGGCAUCACGGAAGAAGUGUAUCAUGGUUGAGGAGAACAGAGUACAUUUCUACCGAACAAACAAGAUUCCAGCCUCAGACUAUGGAUAAAGUUGAGGCCAAAGUUGGCUACAGUAUUAAAAAGAACCUCAAGGAUGAAACAUUAUUUUUGGACCGCGAGAGUCAAAUCAAGGCCAUUGAGAAAACGUUUGUGGACGCUAAACAGCCCAUUGAUAAGCACUACAGCAAACCGAAUGUUACCCCAGUUGAAAUUCUGCCUAUCUUCCCCGACUUCAAGUUGUGGAAGUAUCCGUGUGCACAAGUCAUCUUCGAUUCUGACCCAGCGCCUGUGGGUCGACCAGUGCCGGCGCAGAUUGAAGAAAUGUCUCAGGCUAUGAUCAGGGGUGUGAUGGACGAGAGUGGAGAGCAGUUUGUCGCGUACUUCCUACCAACAGAAACAACCCUGGAGAAGCGAAGACACGACUUUACGCAGAAUAUCGAGUACACAGAGGACGAGGAGUAUGAGUACAAGAUGGCGCGUGAGUACAAUUGGAACGUCAAGAGCAAGGCUAGCAAGGGCUACGAGGAGAACUACUACUUGGUCAUGCGACCAGAUGGAGUCUACUACAACGAGCUUGAGACAAGAGUGCGACUGAGCAAGCGUCGGCAGAAGGCAGGUCAGCAGGUGAACAACACACGGCUUGUGGUCACUCACCGAACACUCAACGCCACAGAAUUCAAAAUGCAACGUUAUCGGGAGAAGGUACUCGAGCCUCCCAAUGAGGAGGAAGAGGAAGAAGAAGAAGAGGAGGAGGAAGAAGCACCUCAAGAGAGGGCAAACAAAUCAGAUGACGAUGAAAAGGCCUCUUCCGAGAAAGAAGACAAGGACCGCAGUGGUAAUGAGAAAGAUGACAGCGAGAAAGAGGACGGCAAAGAAGACAAGGGCGGGGAAAGUGACAAAGAAAAAGAAGACAGAGAUAGUGAUAAGGGGGGAGAGAGUGAUAAAGAAAAAGGAGACAGUGACAAGGACGAAAGUGACAAUGAAAAGCGAGACAGUGACAACAGACAAGAAAGUGGUGACGAGCAGCAAAGUGACGGUGAGAAAAGAAGUGUCGGAGGAAGACAAGACAGUGACCAAGAACAAGAAGAAGGAUCCCCUAAAAAGAAGCGUGACAACAGCGAUGAUGCUAGAAGUAACAACAGUUCAUCAGACUCUGGCAGCGGCAGUGAAGGUGAAGGUGGCGAGGCUGACAACAAGACUGCUGCGGGAGAUAGAGCUUCACACACCUCAGGGUCACGUAGCUCCUCUCCUAGAUCACGCAGCCAGUCACGGUCUCCUCAGAGGUCGAGGUCAGGCUCCCCACCCCGCAAGUCCCAAUCCCGGAGCCGUUCUGCCUCUCCCAGCGGCAGCGGCAGUGACUCUGCUAGUGAUAGCGAAUAAUACAACUUGUUCUUUUAAUAAUAAUAACUACAUCAAUAA